CCCCCUCCGCCGUCCCCGCUCUCCGCCGGCCGGGAGCUCGUUGCAGCGCGGCGGAGCCAAGCCCUACACCUCUUCCCGCAGCUUUCUUCCCUCUCCCUUCCUUCCGAGUCCUCAGCUUCCAACGCGGCUCUGAAUCCCGACUAUGGUCUAGCACGAUGCCCUACAGCUGCCGCCGUGCCGUACCUUAGCGUCACCGCCACCGCCGACGCCUCGAUCCCGCGUCUCACCCCCGGCAUCUCCGUUCAAAGUCUUCCUCGCCGGCACAUCGCGUCCCCGCUGUCUCCGCCCCGUCCGCAGUCUUCGGCUAUUGGGUUUUGAGAUUUGGUUCUAGUUACUUCCGGAAUUCAAGAAGAAGGAAAUAUGAGCUACUGCCAAGCUACAGUAUACAAGCCUCAUGAUGGGCUCACUUUGGACAGCCCAUUAGGUCUUGGGAGAACGUGCAAAUUGCUUCCUCUACAUUCUGCAUGUCAACGUUCUUCUAGUUCUUGCAAGCUGCAAGAGAAACUAUAUCCAAGGCUUCUUGUUGCUGCUUGCCAUAAAAGGCUUGGUCCUGUAUAUGCCUCAAGUGGGAAGGAAAAUAUUGGUUCUGCCAAUGAUCAAUUCUCUAUGGAAUCUUUGAACAAAGCAAUGGAUGGAGCAAAAAAGCAAUGGUCCAUACAAGGCUUGCUUAUGGAGCAACUGUCUAAGAUUACAGGACAAGGAUCUGGUGGAAAUGGUGGAAAUAAUAACCGUUAUGGAGGCAGUGGUGGUUCUGAUGGCUCAGAUGACGAGUCUUUCACGGAUUCAUUGUAUGAAAUGGUCCAAGUUUUAUUAGCAACCGUCGCUUUUGUACUCACGUAUAUCCAUAUAAUCAGGGGAGAGGAGUUGUAUCGCCUUGCUAGGGACUACACCAAAUAUCUUGUUACUGGUAAGCGAACAUCCCGGCUGAAGCGUGCCAUGCUUAGCUGGCGUGAAUUCUCAGAUGGCAUCACAAAGAAGGACAGCACAGAAGCUGGUGUGUAUGGAAGCCCAGUUGGUUCUGAACCCGUGUGGUGGCAACAGCCCCAGAAGUUGGUUCAUAUUAUGGGGAACCUUUUCAAAAGCAACCUGCGUCCACAAGCACAGGAAUCUUGAGCCUGGCAUGCCACGACCAACAACGUCAUCAACAACAACAACAUCAAAGCCUUUUUCCGAAGCUAAGUUGAGCUUGUCAUGCCACGAUCUAUUUCACUUCAGAGAACUUCUCGUUUUAAUCAUGUAUAGGCCUUCUGCUAAGUACUGGCGCAACUAGACGGUCAGCUGUUGUUUCUGCCGGAUGGUGACUCUCGCCUAGUGUAGUGGAAUUCAUGUGCUGUCUCUGGUCUGUAUUGCCUACGGAACAGGAGGGAAAAGAGUUGUUGUGGUCAGUUUUGUGUGUCAGGUAAUGACGCUGCUA